CCUCAAUUCUCUCCUAAGCUACGUGUCUCUACCCUCUCAAACCGCCAUCCUACAAACAUGGAUCAGGUAAUGCAGUUGGUCGAGCCAAGUGGGCAGUUUGUAAAGGACUCGAUUUGGCAGGUUAAAAGAUGCACCAAACCUGAUAGAAAAGAAUUCCAGGAGAUCGCCAUGGCCACAGCGAUAGGAUUCGCUAUCAUGGGGUUCACUGGCUUCUUUGUGAAACUGAUCCACACCCCUAUUAAUAAUAUUAUUGUGGGUGGCUGA